AUGGCUUUCACGCUCAAGAGUGAAGUCAUCAUCUUCCUUGCUCUAAUUCUUGGCGCUUGGGCAUGGCUUGCGGUGUCGGUCCGCAUGUUGCGCGAGCCCACCGUUUCUGAGCAGCACGAGGAAUGGAUGACUGAAUAUGUUCGGACCUACGAGGACCCAAAGGAGAAGGCAAAACGCCAGGCGAUUUUCGCCGAGAACAUGCUGUUCAUUGCAGAUUUCAAGAAGUCCGGGAAACAGACUUUCGAGUUAGGUUUCAACCGAUUCUCAGACUUGACCAACGAGGAGUUCGUGCGAAGCCAUACGGGAUACUUGGCACCCAAGCGACCAGAGCAUGCCGAAAUGAUGUUGUUUAGACACCAAAAUCUGGCCGGAGGUAUUCCCGAUAGCAUCGACUGGGUACAGAAAGGUGUCGUAAACCAGGAUAAGUAUCAAGGCCAGUGUCGAUCCUGCUGGGCAUUCUCAGUCGUAGCAGCAGUAGAAGGAAUUGUGGGGAUCACAAGCGGCAAACUACCGGCGCUCUCCGAGCAACAACUGAUAGAUUGUGAUACCACAAGCUAUGGCUGCAGAGGCGGUUCCCCUGACAAUGCUUUCAAGUACAUUGUCCAAAACCAAGGAAUUGCAUCCCAGGGUACCUACGCAUACUAUGAUAUGGAUGGGACCUGCAACUCAACGAAAGCAGCAGAACGCGCGGCGCAGAUCAAGGGUUUCGCCGAUGUGCCGCCCGGUGAGGAGGAGCUCAUGAAGGCAGUUGCGCAGCAGCCAGUUACGGUCGUAAUUGCAGCUAGCGGGCGGGAGUUCCAAAGCUAUAAAUGCGGCGUGUUCAAUGGGGAUUGCGGCUCCCAGCUGGACCACGCUGUUGUCGUGGUUGGGUACGGGACUAGUGAGGACGGGACCGAUUUCUGGAAGAUCAGGAACUUGUGGGGCGAGGCAUCGGGUGACAUCUUCUUUAUAUGA